UCUCACCUACCUCCUCCCCACACACCCCCUCAUUGCCCUCACCCUGUGUGUCACCUCUGGCCCUCCAGCCUUACCCUGGAGCAGGGCCUCAUGAUGGUGGUAAAAAUAACUCUGACAGCAUGUGAAUGGGGGGUUGGGGGGGAGUGGUGAGGGAGGAGCAGGGAGGCUGAGGCACCGCCCCCCUCACUAAGGGACCCUUGGGUUUGAGGCCAGGGAGGUGCUAUCUCCUGAGCUCUGGGGGUGGGUUCUGAGCCCCAGCCCCUCCCCCAUGGGUACCCGGAGGUCCUUGGUCACACUUGCUCUCACAGGGCAUCUCAGUCAGGCGCACACGCAGCGCCAGCAGUGAACCAAACCAGGUGGAGGAGCUCUCAGAGACUCCCCUCAUCUCCAGUCUGCAGGGCUUCUCUGAAUCGGCCCCAGGCCGGAGCCCCCAUGGCGGGCACGGCGGCAGCAGCAAGCAGCAGGCGGCCACAGCGGGUGAGCAUGCAGGAGCACAUGGCCAUCGACGUGAGCCCAGGCCCCAUCCGGCCUAUCCACCUCAUUUCUGACUACUUCCCGCACUUCUACCCGUUUUCUGAGCCUGCCCUGCGCACCCCAGACCUGCACCCUGCAGUGGCCCCCACCAUCAGUUCUGCACCCCAGCUGCAGCCGGACCCAGAGCCAGAAGGAGACUCAGAUGACAGCACUGCCCUGGGCACCCUUGAGUUCACGCUUCUUUUCGAUGCGGACAACAGUGCCCUGCACUGCACAGCUCACCGUGCCAAGGGCCUCAAGCCACCAGCCUCAGGCUCCGUGGACACCUAUGUCAAAGCCAAUCUGCUUCCAGGGGCCAGCAAGGCCAGCCAGCUGCGGACACGCACGGUUCGGGGUACAAGGGGACCUGUCUGGGAAGAGACACUUACCUAUCACGGCUUCACCCGCCAGGACGCUGGGCGCAAGACCCUGCGGCUGUGUGUGUGUGAGGACCCAUGGCUGCGGCGACGGCGGCAGGCGCCUCCCCUGGGGGAGCUGUGGGUGCCCCUGAGGAAGCUGGCACCCAACCGAGCCAGGAGCUUCGAUGUGUGUCUGGAGAAGCGGAGGCUGACCAAGAGGCCCAAGAGCCUGGAUACAGCCCGUGGCAUGUCCCUAUAUGAGAAGGAGGUGGAGGCAGAGGUGGCCGGGGAGGAGCGCGGGCGCAUCCUGCUGUCACUGUGCUACAGCUCUCAGCGGGGCGGCCUGCUGGUGGGCGUGCUGCGCUGCGCCCACCUCGCCCCCAUGGAUGCCAAUGGCUACUCAGACCCCUUCGUCCGCCUUUUCCUGCAUCCAAAUGUGGGAAAGAAAUCUAAAUACAAGACCAGCGUUCGGAAGAAGACCCUGAACCCCGAGUUCAAUGAGGAGUUCUUCUACGCCGGCCUGAGGGAGGAGCUGGCCCAGAAGACACUGCUGGUGUCUGUGUGGGACUAUGACCUGGGCACGGCCAACGACUUCAUUGGUGGGGUGCAGCUGAGUAGCCGAGCCAGUGGGGAGCGCCAGCGGCACUGGUGCGAGUGCCUGACCCACAGCGACUGCCGGCUGGAGCUGUGGCAUGCACUGGACGGCGCACCCUUCCAGCUCAGCGCCUAGCAGGGCACCCGCCCUGACCCGGCUCACUGCUUCUCCCCCAAACUGACCCACUGGCGUCUCCACAGAGCUGCGAGGACCUGGCGCUGCCUCACCUACUGUGCCCAGCCCCUAGUCAAACUGUUUCCUCCCUUGAUCUUUCAAAUCUGCCCACUGCCAAACCAGGAAGCAAGAAUAAACCUCUUGUCCAA